GGUGUGUGCGUGUGACUGUGUGCCCAACAAGAGUCGGGGGAGGAACUACUUUCCCGCUGCGGCCUACAUAGAGCGCUGGAGCCGGGGACUCGAGUGGGUGGAGAGGCCGGGCAUGGCGCCGUCUUGCCCGGUCGCGGUCCUUUCCCCCAGCUUGGGCCUCCCAGAUUGAAGACACCCGCUUGCGUGCCUGCUUCCCUCCUCCCUCUCUCUCUCAUUCGUCUCACCGUGGCUGCGUUUGAGACAGUAUCCCAGCAUCUCUGAAGCCUACAUAAGUCAUUGACCUUCGUCAUCCUAAGCCACUGACAAUCUUUGAACUAAACAAGUAAAGGGGUCAUGGCACGCUUAACUAAACGCCGGCAAGCAGAUACAAAAGCUAUCCAACAUCUUUGGGCAGCUAUAGAAAUCAUCCGAAACCAGAAGCAAAUUGCUAACAUUGACCGCAUUACAAAGUAUAUGUCUCGGGUUCAUGGUAUGCAUCCCAAAGAGACCACACGUCAGCUUAGUUUAGCAGUGAAGGAUGGCCUUGUUGUGGAAACCUUGACAGUGGGAUGUAAGGGAUCAAAAGCCGGUAUUGAGCAAGAAGGAUACUGGCUGCCUGGAGAUGAGAUUGCCUACAGUAUGCAGCCUUUCUCCCGGACAACAGCAAAAAUCAAGGACUGGGAGACAGAAACUCAUGACUGGUAUUGUUUUGAAUGCCAUUUGCCUGGAGAGGUGUUGAUAUGUGACCUGUGUUUUCGUGUAUAUCAUUCCAAGUGUUUAUCUGAUGAGUUCAGGCUUAGAGACAGCAGUAGUCACUGGCAAUGCCCAGUUUGCAGGAGCAUCAAGAAGAAGAACACAAGCAAGCAAGAGAUGAGCACAUAUUUACGCUUCAUUGUCUCUCGUAUGAAGGAAAGAGCCAUCGAUCUAAACAAGAAAGGCAAAGACAACAAACACCCAAUGUAUCGUAGGCUGGUGCACACAGCUGUUGAUGUCCCAACUAUACAAGAGAAAGUAAAUGAAGGGAAGUACAGAAGUUAUGAGGAGUUCAAAGCAGAUGCUCAGCUCCUUCUACACAACACAGUGAUUUUUUAUGGAGCGGACAGUGAACAAGCUGAUAUAGCCAGGAUGCUUUACAAAGACACCUGCCAUGAGCUGGAUGAACUUCAGCUUUGCAAGAACUGUUUUUAUUUAUCGAAUGCGCGUCCUGACAAUUGGUUCUGCUACCCUUGUAUACCCAAUCAUGAGCUGGUUUGGGCUAAAAUGAAAGGUUUUGGAUUCUGGCCUGCCAAAGUCAUGCAGAAAGAGGACAAUCAAGUUGACGUUCGCUUUUUUGGCCAUCACCACCAGAGGGCUUGGAUCCCUUCAGAAAAUAUCCAGGACAUCACAGUGAAUAUCCAUCGACUGCAUGUGAAGCGCAGCAUGGGCUGGAAAAAGGCAUGUGAUGAGCUAGAGCUGCACCAGCGUUUCCUCCGGGAUGGAAGAUUCUGGAAAUCGAAGAAUGAGGAUAAAGGAGAGGAGGAAGCAGAGUCCAGCAUCUCCUCCACCAGCAACGAGCAGCUGAAGGUUACUCAGGAACCAAGAGCAAAGAAAGGAAGACGUAAUCAAAGUGUGGAACCCAAAAAGGAAGAGCCAGAGCCUGAAACUGAAGCUGUUAGUUCAAGCCAGGAAAUUCCCACCAUGCCUCAGCCUAUUGAAAAAAUUUCAGUCUCAACCCAGACCAAGAAGUUAAGUGCCUCUUCUCCAAAAAUGCUGCAUCGGAGCACCCAGACCAAUAAUGAUGGAGUGUGUCAAAACAUGUGCCAUGACAAGUACACCAAAAUCUUCAGCGACUUCAAAGAAAGAAUCAAGGCCGAUCACAAGAGGGAGACGGAGAGGGUUGUGCGAGAAGCUCUUGAGAAGCUGCGCACAGAUAUGGAGGAGGAGAAAAGGCAGGCUGUGAACAAAGCUGUUGCAAACAUGCAAACUGAAUGUGACAGAAAGACAAAGCAGGUCAAGGAGAAGUGCAAAGAGGAGUUUUUAGAAGAAGUGAAGAAGAUAGCCAGUCAGCACAAGCAACUGAUUUCCCAGACCAAGAAGAAGCAGUGGUGCUACAACUGUGAAGAGGAGGCCAUGUAUCACUGCUGCUGGAACACGUCCUACUGCUCCAUCAAGUGCCAGCAGGAGCACUGGCACGCCGAGCACAAGCGCACCUGCCGCCGGAAGAGAUGAGAGCUCCCUCCUUCCCCCGCCAAGGAUUUGCCCUGAUUUAUUGCUAUCCUCUGAUGCAGCAGGUUGUGUUUGGUUUUUAGUUUCCAGGGGUGGAGGGGUGGGGUUCGGAAUUGCUUGGAAUUCGCUCCCCGUUUUUUGCACCGGCCUUUACAACACAUUUUUUCCAUAAGAGAACUUUUUGCACAAUUAAAUUUUGGUCUUGUGUUUUGACGUGCCCCUCAAUUUCCCCCCUCCCAUUUUUUUGUUGGUAAGGUAAUUUGAAUAUCAGCUGGAGUGCAUUACUUUUUGGUAAAUUUUAACCUAGGAAAUUUGUUGCAUUUUCAGCAAAUUAAAAGAAAAGCAAGAGAGCAAGUUUUUAGGUUUCAUAGAGACAAAGAAAUAUAAUGACAGGAACAUUUUAAAGAGAUCUGAAUGUAAGAAGUAUAAAAUUCUUUUGCAAUGAGGAAAAAAAAAACAUACUACCUUGAUGUAACACUUACCUGUUAAUCGCAUGAGCUGGUUUUGUUCAGCUUAAGUUACUGUUUAAAGGCAUUAUCUAUUGGUUUGUACCAGUGGGUAUAUGAUUGAAUCUUGGGAACAGGGUUGAUACCGCAGGUGCUAAAGUCCUGCAUAUUUGUUCUUAAAACUUUUUUUCCCAAUUGUGUUUGUUUCAUUAUUAUUUUUUUUCAAUAUAUAGCUUUUAUAACAAAAUAUUAGCUUUGAUCUUGUAGCCUAAAACAAAAUAAAUAAAUAAAUCACAGGGGACUGGGGUAGCCUUUUGCUGAGCUGGAUCUUAGAGAAAAAUAAUAUUUAAAUUUUAAAUUUUGCACAUUUCAUCCUCCUUCUAACAGGAAUGCUUGUAAAAAGAAAGCCAAAAAAAAAAGCGCCCAAUUUUACACUUAGUCAUACCUGGAGCUAUAAGGAUGAGGCAUAAGAAGAAAACUGGCAUAAUAGCGAGUCCCCUUACAACCCACCCCCUCACCACAGUUCCCCACCACAUGAAAUGUUAUUUGAGUGCCCGUUAAUCUACGUUACUUAUUCAAUAGUAAAUUAAUAAAAGUUGGGGGGUGGGUGGGGGGAAGCACUUAAGUUUCACGGAAGCAGUUAUGUUUGUAAUAAUUGGUCAUUGCCAUCUCUAUACUUAGAAUGAAGAAUAAUGCAUGUUAAUUUUCCUGUAUUAAAAAUGCUGUGAUUUGUAUAAAAGUCUGUCUUUUGCAGAAUGUCUGGAUAAAGAAGCGUUACCAAUAGGAAUGGAUCGAUAGUUGAAAACUGAUUUUACUCCCAUUCUUUUUGUUUAUUUUUAUGUAUAGGUAUAUAUAUAAAUUGCAUCCAUGUUCAGAGACAAUUUUUAAUAAUAGGUGUAAAGUUUAUUUAACCAAGUUUUUCCUUUUAAAGUGUCUCACCAUUUAGGGUUCUUUCAAAAAGGUGGUCUUAGACUCAACUAAUGCCCAUUAAUCAUCUAGCUUUUUUUUAAAGUUAGAAAAAUAAUUUGUAAAUAUUUAUUUAGACCUUGGAUAUUUAUUGAAAGCGAUACACAAUGGAACAAUGGGAAUGACCUGGGAAGAAAGGCUUUUUUUAAAAAGGAAGUUUUCUCUGGGUUUUGUCAGGGUCAAUAUAAAGAUUAAGCUCAUACAAAGCCUUCUGUGAUUCAUCAUUAAUACCCAGUUUAUAAACAUACAGCAGUGAGUGGAAUGGACUAGAUACUGCCAGAGAAUUUCCAAAUAUGAUGUUACCAGCAAUGGUAUGCAUUUUAAUUGCACACUCAAACCUGAUGCUACCAGCAUAUGGUGUGAAUUUUUAAAUUUGGUCAUACAAGAUGUGCGCAUGGAUCUCUUGCAAGCAUGAGUUUCUCUAUUCAUUCCAGUGGAUAAAGGACAUUCAUAUAUGCAACCGGAAUGCAUGUAGAUCUGCUUCCUCCACUGAAAUGAACAGGGAAGCUCCAUAAAGGCACUGGAACUUCAUACAAGCACUGGAGCUCCUGUGAUACUGAACUGGUGCAAGUGACUAGUGACCUACAUCCUUAUAAACAAGUUAUUGACGUCUGUUGCUCUUUCUUGCUCCUGUAAAGGAAAUCAUCACCACCAUGAGAGCAACAAGGGAAACACUCUAUGAUUAUUUCAUAAUCUCCCCAAAAAACUUCGGUCCAACCCUAUAAAAGCAAGUUUUUGUGGAAACUUUUUUUGGUGUAAAAUCAUUCCAGGAUAUGUAAUAUUUAACUGAUAGCUGCAUGAAAGUAAGAUUCGUGUUCUUUUGGCUUCUUUUGUUUUUGUUUUUUCUCCUUUUGGUCUCUGUUGACACGGUUGCACAUCUUCAAGUUACUACAGCGUGGAAACUGUGUGUUUCUUUUUUUAAAAAUUAACAAAAGAACAACAAAAAAAUUGUGGCCUGGUUUUGUAUAAAUUUUAGGGGGAAAUUAUCAUUGUUUUAGGAAUUCUGAUUUUAAAAAAAAUUCCUGCAAAUCAUAAAGCUAUAUUAAAGUGUUGAGCUUGGCCACUAUGCACAUUGUAAUUUACUCAUUGUGGCUGUCCAGUUCUAUGAUGCAUUCUGGCAUUUUGUAAGCUGCUCUGACUAGCAAUAUAUAGAGUCAUUAAAUGUGUUAACAUUGGUUAAUAAAUGUAUUUGAAAAGGCAA